AUGGCUGGCGUUACGGCUAUGAAGCCCGUUACUGGAAUGCUCCGCCGCGGCUUGGUGCUUGAUCUUAGCACCGCCUUGGGACUUGGAGUUAGCUGUGGCUACUUCUGGUGGUACGGCUAUCACCUCCCACGCGUCCGUUCUCGUGACAACUUCUACUCCCGACUUGAAGCCCAGCGUGCCGAGGAGCUCUCUUCUUAA